UUUACUGGUGUGGUUUCUUCCGAGUUUCACAUAUUUCUCCAGGUUAUAUCCCCUGUACACAUUGUUUCUGGUAACAAAAAGAAAAGGAUGACCAGAAACAUGCAAUUUUGCUGUAUAUCAUCAAGAAUUUGUCGCUGGUGAGACUGCAACAUUUAUAUGCGCAUAAUUUACUUUUCUUCGCCGCCACAAAGCUGAUCACAACCACAGCCACUGUGGAAUUGACUACUGCGAUUGCCUCUAGCUGCUUACUAGAAAGUACAAAUAGAUUUACUAGCAGAACCAGCUGCUUUAUACAUUAAAAGACUCAGACUGGAGAGAAACCAUCCAUGUGCUGAUGUUGUAAUAGGAAAAUUUAAAAAUACUGUUUUACUGCUGUUUUAUAAUUACCCAAUUUCAAGAUAAAUCAUUAAAAUACAAUAUGUUGUGAAAAGUGCUAUAGAAUUAUAUAUCCCAGUUAGUCGUUUACAUAGAAAGAAACACAAUGGAGGAAAAACCUUUCAAAUGUCGGUGUUGUGAAAAGAGUUUUAAAAGCAAACAGGGUUGUUUACUACAUGAAAGGAACCGCGCUGGGGAAAAACCAUUCAAAUGCCAGUAUUGUGAAAAGAGUUUUAUCACAAAAAGUAGACGUUUAACACAUGAAAGGACUCAUACUGGAGAAAAACCAUUCAAGUGCCAGUAUUGUGAAAGUAGCUUCAGCACAAAAAAUAUCUGUAUAACACAUGAAAGAGACCACACUGGAGAAAAACCAUUCAAAUGCAAGUAUUGUGAAAAGAGUUUUAAAAGCAGACAGGGUUGUUUAGUACAUGAAAGAGACCACACUGGAGAAAAACCAUUCAAAUGCAAGUAUUGUGAAAAGAGUUUUAAAAGCAGACAGGGUUGUUUAGUACAUGAAAGAGACCACACUGGGGAAAAACCAUUCAAGUGCCAGUAUUGUGAAAAGGCUUUUGGUGAGAAAUGUAAAUGUUUAAAACAUGAAAAAACCCACAAUGGGGAAAAGCCAUUUAAAUGCCAAUAUUGUGAAAAGGAUUUUAAAAGCAAAUAUGGAUGGGAACAACAUGAAAGGACCCACACUGGAGAAAAACCAUUCAGAUGCCAGUAUUGUGAAAAUAGUUAUAGUAGAAAAGAUUGUUGUAUUACACAUGAAAGGACCCAUACUGGAGAAAAGCCAUUCAAAUGCCAGUAUUGUGAAAAGAGUUUAAAAACCAAAAGGGGAUGUGUAGAGCAUGAAAGGACCCACACUGGAGAAAAACCUUUUAAAUGCCAAUAUUGUGAAAAGAGUUAUAGUGCAAAAAGUAGCUGUAUAAUACAUGAAAGGAUCCACACUGGAGAAAUAUCAUUCAAAUGUCAGUAUUGUGAAAAGAGUUUUUGCGAGAAAAGUAAAUGUAUUCAACAUGAAAGGACCCACACUGGAGAAAGACCUUUCAAAUGCCAGUAUUGUGAUAGUUGUUAUAGCACAAAAAGUAGCUGUAUCAUACAUGAAAGGAUCCACACUGGAGAAAUAUCAUUCAAAUGUCAAUAUUGUGAAAAGAUUUUUUGGGAGAAAAGUAAAUGUAUUCAACAUGAAAGGACCCACACUGGAGAAAAACCAUUCAAAUGUCAGUAUUGUGAACAGAGUUUCAAUGAGAAAAGUAAACGUAUUCGACAUGAAAGGACCCAUACUGGAGAAAAGCCAUUCAUAUGCCAGCAUUGUGAAAAGAGUUUUAAAAGCAAACAGGGAUGUGUACAACAUGAAAGGUCCCACACUGGAGAAAAACCAUUCAAAUGUCAGUAUUGUGAAAAGAGUUUUUGCGGGAAAAGUAGAUGUAUUCGACAUGAAAGGACCCAUACUGGAGAAAAACCAUUCAAAUCCCAGUAUUGUAAAAAGAGUUUUAAAAGCAAACUGGGUUGUUAUCUACAUGAAAGGACCCACACUGGGGAAAAGCCAUUCAAAUGCAAGUAUUGUGAAAAGACUUUUAGUUCAAAACGUAACUGUUUGGCACAUAAAAGGACCCACACUACAUGUAUGGAAGAACCAUUGAAAUGCCAGUAUUGUGGAAAGAGUUUCAAUGAGAAAAGUAAAUGUAUGCAACAUGAAGAAAGGAUUCAUACUGAUGUUCCACUUCAGGUCUUCAAGACAGAAUUUCAGGAUGAGGAUGUUUCACAAAAUGCUAUACUUUCACUUCAGUCAGUGAAAAAGAAAUUUCAAGAUGAAGAUUCUGCUUCGGGGGCAAAAGAAGAAAGGAAUUUGUUUACUGAUGCUUUAGUCAAAAAGGAGUUUGAUGAUAACAUUGCCCCAAAAGUGCGGCCUGAGAUACAUGUAUAUCCUGUUGCAAUGUUUAGAAAUGUAUUUGCAGAUGCUGAUGCGUAAUGUCUUGUAAGACAAAAUAAGGUGUACGGCAUUUGAGAUGCACUGAUCUUACUUAUUACUUCUAUCUUGUCAAACAUUAAGAAAUGGGGUAAUAAUUUAAAGUGAAAAAAUAAAUUAUUGCAUGUGUUCUUGUUGAUAGAAAAGUGGCCGAUUCAGAAGUAAAAGAUGAGACCUCAUUCUUUUUCAUUUCAUUGAGAUCAGUUAAUUUGUAGUUUAUAUAUAUCUGUCUUGAAAGAUGAGCUAAGAAUGACAGUGUAUACAUUUUAAAGUAAUGGAGCAUCCGAUGCACAUGCUUUUUGAAUCUUGAAAGAAGGAGGUAGAAUAAGGGCAUUUUGUGAGGUAGAAAAAAAAUCAUUCUUAAGUCUCUGAGUCUUGCAGAUUUCAACAGCAGGGGAAGACUAAUUUAUGUUGGGCAAAUGGGCCAUUAGUAAGACAUUUACCUGGGGAAGUGCUAGGAAUUUUUUUCUUUCUUUCGUACUUUUUUUUUUCUUUUGUAUAUUGUUUAAGCAAAAUUUCAAAAACAUGUUUUUGGGUCAUAUGUAGCCUUUUUGUUAACAAAAAGAUGAGAUGUGACUGUGGAGAUACCCGCUUUUAAUAUUUGGUUUGGGGGUGUUUUGGGGUGAAAUGCUGUAUCUCGUGGUAUGUUAUGAGAUGUUAUUCGGGAUUGACAGGCCUGGGAUUGUGAGGCUGACCUUCACCCCCUUGGGGUAAGAUUAAUUCGGGGUCCCCCCCAAAUUUUUUUUGUAGGGCAAAUGGCACCAUUUGGUGUGGUUUACAACUAUGAUAUUUGCUAGAUGUUUUUUGGUGUAAUUCUUUUAAUAGAAAUCAAAGGGGGGGGGGCAGGACCCCCUGAUACCCCCUCUAAACCCACCACUGCUAUAUGAGCGGCAAUUUUGGAUGGAUUAUUAGUCUAAUUGACCUUUAUUUGUUGUAAAACGUCAUGAUUAGGAAUUGACUAAAUAAGAACAAUGCACGUUCAUGUAUGUUUAUUAGCAUGUACGAAGCAUUGCUUUUUGUUUGAGAUGUUACCCAUUGUGAAAUUAGGGGAAGGCGUGUGGAAUCCUGCACAAAUUCCACAUUGUGUAAUCAUAGUUAAUCAACAUGUUAUUAACUAAUUUGCGUCUGUACUGCAUGCAAAUAUUUUCUGUAGAGGCCCAUAGGUAGGCCCAUGGCUGAGACAGAUGCAUAUCACCUUUUAAUAUUGCACAACAAUAAGUAUGUAAAUAAGCAGCAGCCACAUGUACGCAUAGAUUCCCUGUAGAUAAUCUGUGUAAAAUUUGAAUGCUUGCACCUAAU